AGAUUACUUCUGUAGCUUGACCUCUACUUUCCUCAACAAGCAGAAUGUCUCGAACACGACAACCCCCCCUCGUGACAGGCAUCUCUCCAAAUGAAGGAAUCCCGUGGACAAAGGUCACGAUUAGGGGAGAAAACCUGGGGACUGGGCCAGCUGACCUCAUAGGUCUGACAAUUUGUGGGCAUAAUUGCCUUCUGACAGCAGAGUGGAUGUCUCCGAGUAAAAUUGUAUGUCGCGUGGGGCAGGCCAAGAACGACAAAGGAGACAUUAUUGUCACAACCAAGUCAGGUGGCAAAGGAACCUCCACAGUCUCCUUCAAGCUGCUCAGACCUGAGAAAAUAGGUAUUUUGGAUCAGUCCGCUGUGUGGGUUGAUGAGAUGAAUUACUAUGACAUGCGCACUGACAGGAAUAAAGGGAUUCCUCCCUUGUCCCUGCGUCCUGCUAAUCCACUCGGCAUUGAGAUUGAAAAAGGUAAAUUUCCCCAGAAGGACUUAGAAAUGCUGUUCCCUGGAAUGAGUGCUGAUUUUACAAGUGAGAACUUUUCGGCUGCCUGGUACCUCAUAGAGAACCACUCCAACACCAGUUUUGAACAGCUCAAAAUGGCCGUCACCCACCUGAAGAGACAGGCUAACAAGAAGAGCGAGGGCAGCCUGGCGUGCGUGAAAGGGGGACUCAGUACUUUCUUUGAGGCACAGGACGCCCUCUCAGCCAUCCAUCAAAAACUAGAAGCGGAUGGAACGGAAAAAGUUGAAGGAUCCAUGACGCAGAAACUGGAGAAUGUUCUGAACAGAGCAAGUAACACUGCAGACACAUUAUUUCAAGAAGUCUUGGGUCGUAAGGACAAGGCGGAUUCCACUAGAAAUGCGCUCAAUGUGCUGCAGCGAUUUAAGUUUCUCUUCAACCUUCCUCUAAGUAUUGAAAGGAAUAUCCAAAAGGGUGAUUAUGAUGUGGUUAUUAAUGAUUAUGAAAAGGCCAAGUCACUUUUUGGGAAAACGGAGGUGCAAGUUUUCAAGAAAUAUUAUGCUGAAGUAGAAACACGGAUUGAAGCUUUAAGAGAAUUACUUCUGGAUAAGUUGCUUGAGACACCAUCGACCUUACAUGACCAAAAACGUUAUAUAAGGUACCUGUCUGACCUCCACGCGCCAGGCGACCCUGCGUGGCAGUGCAUCGGAGCCCAGCACCGAUGGAUCCUCCAGCUCAUGCACAGCUGCCAGGAGGGCUGCGUGCGGGACCUCAAAGGGCCACCGGGCCUUCACAGCGCCACGCUGGACCUGGACGGCGACGUGCGUGCCUCCGUGCCAGGUCAUCUAGGCCAGACGGCGUCUCUGAAGAGGGGUAGCAGCUUUCAGCCUGGUCGAGAUGACGCGUGGAGAUACCAAACUCCCCACCGGGUGGCAUUUGUUGAAAAAUUGACCAAGCUUGUUUUAAGUCAGCUGCCCAACUUCUGGAAACUCUGGAUUUCAUAUGUUAACGGAAGCCUUUUCAGUGAGACUGCUGAGAAGUCAGGCCACAUUGAAAGAUCAAAGAAUGUAAGGCAAAGACAAAAUGAUUUUAAGAAAAUGAUCCAGGAAGUAAUGCACUGUCUGGUGAAGCUGCUCCGGGGGGCCCUGCUCCCACUCGGCGUCACGGAGGGCGGAGGGCGGCAGUGCAGAGGCUGGGAAGUGAAGGCCGAGCUCUCUGGGCAGGGGCUCGCUCACGCCAUCCAGACCCUGAGGCUUACUUAUGAAUCCUUGACUGCCCUUGAGAUUCCUAAUGACCUGUUACAGACGAUCCAGGACCUCGUCUUGGACCUUCGAGUGCGUUGCGUGGUGGUCACACUGCAGCACACAGCGGAAGAAGUGAAGAGAUUGGCUGAAAAGGAAGACUGGGUUGUCGACAGUGAAGGCCUGACGUCCCUACCAUGCCACUUUGAGCGCUGCGUGGUGCACUCUCUGCAGUCGCUGCGAGAAGUCCUGGAGUGCAAGCCCGGAGAAGCCAGCGUCUUUCAACAACCGAAAACCCAGGAAGAGGUUUGCCAACUAAGCAUCAACAUCAUGCAGGUUUUUAUAUACUGUCUGGAACAGUUGAGCACCAAGCCUGAUGCCGAUGUAGAUACUGCACAUCUCUCUGUUGAUGUUUCUUCUCCUGAUUUGUUUGGAAGUAUCCAUGAAGACUUUAGUUUGACUUCUGAACAGAGACUUUUAAUAGUCCUGAGUAAUUGCUGCUACCUAGAACGUCACACCUUCCGAAAUAUCGCAGAACAUUUUGAAAAGCACAACUUCCAGGGAAUAGAAAAAAUAACACAGGUUAGCAUGGCCUCACUGAAAGAGUUGGACCAAAGACUCUUUGAAAACUACAUUGAAUUGAAGGCAGACCCCAUCGUUGGCUCCUUAGAACCUGGAAUUUACGCAGGCUACUUCGACUGGAAGGACUGCCUGCCCCCGACAGGUGUCAGAAACUACUUAAAAGAAGCAUUGGUGAAUAUAAUUGCUGUGCAUGCAGAGGUGUUCACUAUUUCCAAAGACCUGGUGCCUCGGGUGCUGUCCAGGGUGGUGGAGGCAGUUUCUGAAGAGCUGUGUAGGCUGAUGCAGUGCGUCUCAUCCUUCAGCAAAAACGGAGCAUUGCAGGCAAGGCUUGAAAUCUGCACCCUGAGGGACACCGUGGCUGCUCACCUGACGCCAGAGAGCAGAUCCAGUUUCAAGCAGGCCCUGGAAGCCCUGCCGCAGCUCUCGAGUGGAGCGGACAGAAAGCUGCUGGAGUUGCUGCUGAGCCGGGUCAGGAGCGGCGUGCACCUGCAGCUCGCCUGCUUCCAGGCCACCCCUCCGCCUGCCGUGAAGACACAGGUGCCUUCCAGAUGACGCGCUCCCCCGAACGCCCACAG